AUGGGAACCAACACCGGUCGAGCCAUCAAAUUGCCGCUGGUGCCCCUGGCAAAAGGUUCAGUGCUACUGCCGGGGGUGACUUUGCGCAUUCCCGUCUCUAAUCGCCCUGACUUGACUAACUUGCUGUCCUCGUUGGUCGACCGACCUGCAAGACGUGAUGGCAACACCAUCACUUUUGGCUGUGUGCCCUUGGGCUCUCCGUUCCUCAGCCGAGAUGGACAACAGUUGCUGGAGGGGGAUGAGUCUGAAAAUGUGAGAAAAGAUGACUACGAUACCAUUGACGCCGGCCAAGCGCGCAAAGAGGACCUCUUCCGCUACGGCGUGGUGGGAAAGGUAAUCGGCGUUCAGCGUCGAGCAUACGCCGAGCCUUUCUUGCUGGUUCAGGGAUCUCAGCGGUUCACAAUCAAGAAGGUUCUGAAGGAUCGGCCAUUCUUCGAAGCAGACGUGGUUCUGCAUGAUGAGAGCUCUUCAUCCCUGCAUGGCGACCCCGAAGCUGUUGACCUGUUUCAGCAGUUGCGACAACUCUCCCGCGAGCUUUUGACCCUCCUUCGCCUUUCUUCCCUGCUGUCCGCUGCCUCCAAUCGAGUCUCCCCGCUCGUUGCCCGCAAGUUCGAAUUAUACAUCUCCAAGUCAGAACUCAGCCAGGCAGGGAAGCUUGCGGACUUCAUGGCCGAUGUUUCCGAUGCGAGUUAUGAGGAGAAGCUGCGGAUACUGGCCUCUUUCGAUGUCAAGAUGCGCCUGGAGCGUGUUGUGGAGAUUCUCACUCGCCAAGCUCAGCAUAUCAAGAGCAGCGUCAAGGUGACAUCUAUCACUACAACCUUUCCUUCCAACUCCAGUGUUGAUAUCAGCCAGAUUGACCCAAGAGAACGGGAGAUCCUGGCGCGACGGGCCCUGCAAGGUCUCUCGGGCCUGACGCCUCCCGGACCGGCAGGAGGCCGCAGCAACGAUAACGAAGACAAAGAACCGAAUGAGCUAGACGAGCUGGCGCAGAGGUUGCAAGAUGCGCAGCUCAGUCCAGAAGCACAGAAAGUGGCAGACAAGGAGAUGAAGCGAUUGAGAAAGAUGAACCCGGCCAACGCCGAGUAUGGGGUUUGUCGCACAUACCUGGAGAAUCUGGCUGAGAUCCCAUGGACCAAGGUGACGCAGGACCAGCUUGGCCCUGAGACGUUGAAGCGAGCCCGCAAGCAGCUUGAUGAAGAUCACUAUGGGCUAGAACGGAUCAAGAAGCGUCUGUUGGAGUACCUGGCUGUCCUGCGGUUGAAGCAGAACACCAACGACGACGUGGAGCGUCAAAUUGGGAGUCUCACCAAGGAGCUUGCUGCCGGCUCUCCCGAUGAUCUCGAGCACGAUGUGCCCAUGAUCUCAGAGGAGAACCGGGUGGCUCUUGAGACCCGUCUUGAGAUCCUCAAAGCCAAGCGCACGACUGACAAAUCUCCCAUUCUGCUCCUUGUCGGUCCUCCGGGUACUGGAAAGACCAGUCUGGCCCGUUCUGUGGCUGCUUCGCUUGGCCGCAAGUUCCACCGCAUUUCCCUAGGUGGCGUUCGUGACGAGGCCGAGAUCCGGGGGCACCGACGCACUUAUGUCGCUGCCAUGCCGGGACUCAUCGUCAGCGGACUGAAGAAAGUGGGUGUCGCCAAUCCCGUGUUUUUGCUCGACGAAAUCGACAAGAUUGGCGGUGCCAAUUUCCAGGGAGAUCCCUCAGCAGCGAUGUUGGAGGUCUUGGACCCGGAACAGAACCACACCUUCACUGACCAUUAUAUCAACAUUCCCAUCGACCUGAGCAAGGUGCUUUUCCUCGCCACGGCCAACUCCUUAGAUACGAUUCCUGCCCCUCUUCUCGAUCGUAUGGAGACAAUCUCGCUGUCGGGAUACACGACGGUAGAGAAGCGGCACAUCGCUAAGCGUCAUCUCAUUCCGAAGCAAAUUCGCGCCAACGGCUUGGCGGAGAACCAGAUCAACUUGCCGGAUGAGGUGAUCGACAAGACGAUCACUGCUUACACCCGUGAGUCUGGCGUACGCAACCUGGAACGCGAGCUUGGCUCAAUCUGUCGCUACAAGGCGGUUCAAUUAGCCGACGCCGGAGACACGGGCCGACUGGGAGAAUAUGUCGCGGACGUGACCAUGGAAGAUUUGGAGGAGAUCUUGGGUAUUGAGCGAUUCGAGGAAGAAAUUGCGGAAAAACAUGGGCGACCCGGUGUGGUAACUGGCUUAGUGGCCUUCUCCAGUGGUGGCCAGGGAAGUAUCCUCUUCAUCGAGGUGGCGGACAUGCCCGGCAAUGGGCGCGUCCAGCUCACUGGCAAACUCGGUGAUGUCCUCAAGGAAUCCGUCGAGGUAGCCCUGACCUGGGUCAAGGCUCACUCAUUUGAGCUGGGCUUGACCCAUGAUCCCAAUGAGGACAUUAUGAAGAGCCGUAGCCUCCAUGUUCACUGCCCCUCUGGAGCAAUCCCGAAGGACGGGCCCUCUGCCGGUCUUGCGCACACCGUUGCUCUUAUUUCAUUGUUCACCAACAAGGCAGUCCCGCCACAAAUCGCCAUGACUGGUGAGGUCUCCCUUCGUGGUCGGGUGAUGCCGGUUGGCGGCAUCAAGGAGAAGCUGAUCGGUGCCCAUCGGGCUGGUGUGAAGACGGUCCUUCUGCCGUAUCCCAACCGAAAAGAUGUCAAGGAUGUGCCGCAGGAGGUGAGCGAGGGAUUGGAGAUUAUUUAUGUCCAGCACAUCUGGGAAGCCUUGCGUCACAUUUGGCCUGAUGCUCACUGGCCUGGCCAGCAUCAGCCGAACUAUAUCGAGAGCCGACUUUAG